AAAUAAACUCCUUAGUGAUAGCUUCGCCACAAAGUGUAAACCGAGUGUAAAUUCACCGGAGAGCGACGUGUUGCCAUGAUCGCGUCUGGUUUUAGAGUAUUAUGUUAUCAAAGUAUUUUUCUAGACAAAGUAUUCCCAGCAGGUUAUUUCAGUGUACAGUUUAAGGUAAAUUGUCUUCCACAUAUUGCACAUUACAAUGUCACGAAACUAAUAUUAAAUUAAUCGAGUCUGCUGUUUUCCAGCUUUUACUCUUUAUUGCGUCGACUGCAGAUCAGUGACAAGUAGCGUACAGAACGGAGCUGGGCAAGUGGCUCCUCCUACUUUGCGCGCUCUCGUGGAUGGGGAAACAAUUUUUGCCGGGGGUAACUACUUUGGCACAACACCGGCCCACGAAUCAACCAAUCAGCAUUCAGCAGUCGCUUCCAGUACAAGUACUCAGGCUUGUGGGUGAAGGCACGGGAGCGCAUCUCGGUGGGGGAAACUGCCAUAUACCCCCUGUCGCACCCCCUUCCCCUCUGUCCUACCUGGACUGUGGAGGACGGGCAGAUUCGUGGGACGUGGACGAAACUUUCAGCGUGUCAGAUCAGAUGUCUUCAAGAAGGAAACCUGUGAAUGCCGCAGCAUUUCUGAUAAUUCUGAUGACAGUCUUCAGUGGUCUCGGCCUCUCGUGCCAUCAAGGAGAGUAUCAGAUAGGAAAUGAAUGCUGUCCGAAGUGUCUUGCAGGACGUCGAGUGAAAACUCACUGCACUGUGGAUUCAAGCACAUCCUGUCUGCCCUGCAUGACUGGAACCUACACUGAUAAACCUAAUGGACUGGAACGAUGUCAUCACUGUACAAACUGUGACUCGGGUUCUGGUCUCAGAAUAAAGACACCGUGUACAGUAACAUCAGAUACACUCUGUGAACCACUGGAGGGAUUCUACUGUGUCCAGCCUACAGGACACAGCUGUGAGAGAGCACAGGAACACAAACACUGUAAACCAGGACAGUACAUCAGUCACAAUGGAACAGCAUCCACAGACACUGAGUGCUCUGACUGCAGCAGUGGAACAUUUUCAGAUGGAACAUUUCACUCCUGUCAGCCACACACACGAUGUUACUCACUCAACCUUCAGCUGAUAACAGCAGGAACAUCUGCAGCUGAUGCUCAGUGUGGAGAAGGCAGUGUUAAUGUGGGAACAGCUGUUGGUGGAGCUGUAGCUGUUAUAAUUUUAAUUAUUGGAGGAGGAUUAUUAUUUUGGUACUUAAAAAAGGAGAGGAGGAAAAACAGGACAAGCAGCACGUUAUCAGAAUGAAAGUGUGGACCAUCAUGAAGGAGAACAGCCAACAAAUGGUCUUCUCCCCUAGAAUAAGACUAAAUGGCAAACCAGCCAAUGAAAUGGAUGAAACACCGUGACUGGGUUCCAGCGCUACACAAGGGACCUG